AUGUGCUUAUUGACUUAUACGAAGAAAGGUGGUGUGUCGAAUAGUACCAAGGCUGCCAGGGACGACAACGUGUUGUGGCCACACCCCGACUUUGAUCUGGGAAAGAAGAACAAGCGAAAGACAACCAAAGAUGCAGAGGAUGAGGAAGAGGACGAGGACGAUGACCGCACAGCCACCACCACUACCACCACCGGACCAGACGGGAUUGUUGACGUUGAUCGAGUGCCGUGGAGUUGGUCCAAGUUAGAUGCGCCAUCGAAGGGUGACACAACUCAAGAGGACACUCAUCCCAACAACAGGUCUCAACAAAAAGAAACAGUAAUUGGUGUAACACAACAAAAGAACUCAAACGACACGUCCAUCACGGCAGCCAAACGGGAACUUGAGGAACGCUCCUGGGCCCUCGACAUCAUUAGUGCGGCCGACUGGACUAAAGUGCCCACGUCAGAUCUUCUUCAGUUCGCGAAUGUACUACACAAGGAACGACAGCAACAACAACUGUCAGCACCACUCGAGCCAGCAUGGAGGGCCAAGCCGAAUGCCAUAGCAGCCAUGAAUGAGCUCCCCAUAGCGCCACCAGGCCUAGACACUCAAGCCAGAGCGCCAUCCAACACAAACACCCCAAAGAGCAAGAACAACAUAACAACAACCAGAACAACAUAA